AUGAUCAGUGGCCUGCGAGGUGUAACGCGCCAAGAACUCCAGAGGCAUUUUUUAGCAUGGUCCCACGUGAAACGAUUAAACCUCGCCACGGCCGCAGAGCUGCUGGCGGUGGCCAAAGCGAAACAGCAGUUGGAGAAGGACAUCGACCUCCACAAAAUGAAGGAUCGUGGGCGUUUGGGCUGCCAUGCUGCCAACGCUUUCCGUGUGAAAGACCGCGUGGUGAACCAUAGCUCCAAGACCAUUGAUAUGGUUCGGGUCAAGGACCUGUGGAUGGCGUGGUGGCAGCAGGUUUGCUUGCACCGCUUUGAAGUUCAGCAAGAAAAGGCGGACCAACUUCAUCACAAGGAGCUCGAACGCAUUCAGAAACAGGCGCAAGAAGAGCGCGGGGCUCAGCAGCAGGCCCUGGGCGAUCGGAUGCACAACGAGUUGGAGCAAGUGGGUUUGGCCCUUGGGGUGGGGAGGCCACCUGGGAGGACCAUUGGCAAAAUGCCAGGCGCAACGCCUUACUUAGCUCAACAAUUGUACAUGCUGUACCCCCGGAACCCCGCUCACGAAGCCCGACCACAAGGCCGUGAAGCCUUUCUGCGGGACCUCUUUCUGCAGCAAAGCUCAAGAGGGGCGGUGAAGGGCUUGCUCUGUCAAUUGGGCCAACCUGAUGAUCCCGCCAACGGGGGUUACUUGGUUUCGGUGCCGGGCAUCUUGCAUGCCCGAGCAGCACCCGGGGCCACCUGGAGGGAGCUUCGGAGCAUUGUACUCUUGGUCUUCCAUGAGGAUGUUGUGGAGCAUGGUGGCCAGCUGGUGGAUCUGGGCUGGCACAGGGGUGUCGUGCACUCCUGGUUGAGCAGCCGUGGACAUAGCAUCUUCGUCCUGGUUCUCUGGAUCAUAGGCGUCCGUGACGUCGUUUUGGGACUCAGUUUCGUACGCGGAGGAUUGAGGAUGCUGAUGGGCGCACAUGUGAGUAGUUCAUGGGCUGGGACCACGGGUCGGCACGAAGAUCCCUUGGGGAUGCUAGGAGUUCACGGGUUUGAUCAAAGUCAAUGGCGAGAAGGACGCGCCUCUCCUGGCUUGGUGUCGGAGCUUGAGGUACAUGAAGAUUUCGAUGUUGAUAUGGAGGCCACGUGGGGUGUCGGAUGUCCCAAGGUGCGGCCGCUCUUGCCAUCUACACGAUAUGUGACUUCCUCUGAAGUGUCAGAAGAAAGAUCAUUGGGAGCUGUGCUUGACAUGAGUGGCAAGGAAGGAUCCGGGUUGGAGACCGAGUUUGAGUGGGACGAUGCCACCCCGGCUCCUGCGGAGGGAUUUUCUGUGACAUGUGCUGAAGCGUUGGGUUGGUCGAAGGAAUGGUGGGGUGGGUGGCCCUCUGUUUCUUGUUGGGACGGGUUUCCGGUUCCGGGGAAGUUGGGCGACGUUCAGACAUGGCUCCCGGAGUGCCAGUGCCUGGGCGAGCCGUGGAAGCAGAUCCAACCCGGUGGUGGAUGGAGCGGUGUUCCGGAGGACCGGUGA